AUUCCUUCUUCCUUCGUCGGUUGACUAUUGAGUACAUAUGGCUAACAAUUGUAUUCUGUUCGACAACGUGUACUGCCAAUGACGGCCUUUUUGGUUCGAAAUAUCCGAACGAUAUCCCGGAAUACGACUUGCUGCACGCGAUUGGGGUCCCAUUUAGCAACCCGAAGACCCAGUAUUUCGACGAAGGUCUGGACGGUUUCCCGGCGUAUGGUCUGAAACCCGGCUCCGAUAUUAAAUCGCCGUACAGACUUUUCAUGCCGGAGAAACUGUAUGCGGAAUUCUCCAUAACCGCAACUGUAAGACCGGCGAACAAAGACGGCGGUUUCCUUUUCUCUGUAGUAAAUCCUUUGGAAACUGUCGUCCAGCUGGGCUUACAAUUGAUCCCUUCUGGCCCUGGACUCACAAAUAUAUCCCUCUUAUACACAGAUGCAAAUAUAUACGCCUUAAGCCAAACUAUCGCAUCGUUCGUAGUUCCAUCAUUUGCUAAAAAGUGGAGUCGAUUUGCAUUGAAGGUUACGGCUGAUAAUGUGACUCUAUUUCUGAACUGCCACGAGUUCGACACAUUGGUAGUGAAGAGAAAACCGCAGGAACUGGUAUUUGAUUCAGCAUCGACGUUGUACGUGGGGCAAGCUGGACCCCUGAUAAGAGGAGCUUUUCAUGGCGCUUUUCAAGAGCUGAAAUUAUACGGGUCUCCUUCUCAAGCGGAGGUGCAAUGCGUGAAUACCUAUGAGGAGGUAAUCCACGGCGGCGAUAAUGAAGAGAUUGAUAUUGACAAUUUUUUGGUGGACCAAGAAGAAGGUGACGCCGAAGGGUCGGGCAGGUACGGAACCAUACCGCCAUUCCCGCCACCGCCACCCGGCCUUGAUGGAUACCCACUGCGACUUCGAGGAGAAAAAGGAGAAAGGGGACCAAGGGGCGCUCCUGGAGAGUCCAUUCGAGGGCCCCCAGGGCCACCCGGACCCCCAGGGCCUCCAGGUUCACCGGGCAUCACGGCUCUUACAGAAAUGUCAGGGUCUGGCGACGACAGGAAUGUUGUUAAGCAAAUAUAUGGUGAGAACUACGCAUCGCUUGGUCACUGUGGCUGUAACUCCACCGUCAUCUUAUCACUUCUGCAAACCAAUCCGGAGCUGCGAGGUCCUCCAGGACCACAGGGCUUGGUCGGUGCUGAUGGUCGUACUGGGGCCCCUGGUAUUGCUGGUCAGCCAGGAAUGCCUGGGGAACGCGGACCAAUAGGACUAAGAGGUGAAAAAGGAGACAGAGGUGGCGAUGGCCCUCGAGGUUCGGAAGGUCCAUCUGGGGCAAAGGGUGAACCGGGCGUCGAUGGAAGACCAGGCAACACGGGGCCUGCUGGGCCACCAGGACCCCCAGGGUCAUCUGACUACAGCAAUUUCGAAUCAAAUUGGAAGCCUAGACAAAUAUACAAGGAAUCGUUAUUGGGGUCAUACGGAGGUGCUAUUGGCAGACCCGGAGCUCCGGGACCAAAAGGUGAUGCAGGCCAACCAGGGCCUAUGGGACUACAAGGAGAACGCGGGUUUCCUGGCCAUAAAGGAGAAAGGGGUUAUCUAGGACAAACUGGACCUAAAGGAGAUCGUGGUUAUACCGGACCUAAAGGUGACCGAGGAAUAAAAGGCGAACAUGGCACUUCAGGGCUUGAUGGGCGGCCAGGGUUACCAGGAGCCAACGGAAGAUUCGGUGAAAAGGGCGAAAAAGGUGAACAAGGAUUACCCGGUCCACCAGGCUCGCCAACUUUAUCAGUAGCCGCCAUCGGUUCAGAAGAAUCAGAAUUCCUAACAGCCGGAAGCCGACUACAAGUGGCCAAAGGCGAAAAGGGUGAAAAGGGAGAGAAAGGAGGCCACGGUAUUGAUGGGACUCCAGGAUUUCCUGGUAAAGAUGGAAAGCCAGGUGAACGUGGUGAUAUUGGCCCAUCAGGAAUGCCUGGUAGUGCAGGGCCGUCUGGAUCACCAGGCCUAAAAGGGGAAAGGGGCGAACGCGGUCCACCUGGCCCUAUCAGUAUUACAUCUGCUGGGACAGAUAUUAUGACAAUCAAGGGCGAAAAAGGUGAAUCUGGCUUAAGGGGUCGAAGAGGAAGACCAGGUCAACCAGGACCUCGCGGACUGCAGGGUUUGCAAGGUAUAGCUGGAACACCUGGUAAACCAGGGGAGAAAGGCGAUGUUGGUCUACCCGGAUGGAUGAAUAUGAAGGGUCGUCCAGGGACAUUAGGGCCUCCUGGUGUUCCUGGAUUAAUCGGGCCGAAAGGAGAAAAGGGCGAUGCAGGAUUAAACAUGCUAGAUGCUUCCAUGUUCAAGGGCGAAAAAGGGGAUCGAGGCUACGAUGGAACACCUGGUCUUAAAGGAGCUCAAGGUUCACCCGGUCCUAUUGGACCUCCUGGCCCUAGAUCUGAUCCAGUCCAGUACUUACCAGGGCCACCUGGACCACCCGGUCCUCCAGGAUCACCAGGGACACCUGGAAUUUCAAUCGUGGGGCCGAAAGGUGAACCCGGUGUCAGUUUCGCUGAAGAGUAUCCGGUACACGGGAGUACAAAAUUCUAUGGGAAACCAGUUCCAAAAAGUCCUUUAGACCAGUUAAAGGCUCUAAAAGAGUUGCAAGAUCUCAAAGAUAAAAACAGAGAAAGUCCAUCAUCUUUCGGUAUCGAAUCCAGACCACACCAUGAUGAAUCUAAUUCAAACAAGAAUAUGCUUGGUUCUGCAGUAUUUCCCACGACUUCGGAUAUGAUGAAGCUGGCAUCGUCAAGUCCUUUGGGUGCACUCGCGUACGUCGUUGAAGAACAGUCUUUAUUUGUUAAAGUCAACUCGGGAUGGCAGUAUGUGCUGUUGGGAUCACUAGUCACACAAAAUAUUCCCGUGACUGCUGCACCGACCACCGCAGCAACUCCGCCGAUGCCCGCAGCAAGUCUGGUACACAUGCCGCAAAUGUCAAAUCUGAUAGAUAAGUCCACGAUGAUAGGACCAAGUCUUCGUCUGAUAGCUCUCAAUGAGCCACUUUCUGGAAACAUGCAUGGAGUGCGUCGAGCAGAUUAUGCUUGUUACAGACAAGCAAGACGUGCCGGAGUCAAAGGAACAUUCAGAGCUUUCCUUACUAGCAGAAUCCAAAACCUCGAUGCGAUUGUAAGAUAUUCGGAUAAACGCUUGCCUGUUUUGAAUGUGCAUGGCGAAGUUCUGUUCAAAUCGUUCUCAGACAUAUUUGACGGUAAUGGUGGAAAUAUGGUGGGACCUGUAAGAAUUUUCAGUUUUAACGGAAGAAAUAUUAUGACAGAUUCAACUUGGCCUCAAAAGUUAAUAUGGCAUGGGUCACAUGCGAGUGGCGAACGGGCAUUGGACACCUUCUGCGAAGAGUGGCAGAAUGGCGAUCCAACUAGUAGGGGCAUGGCGGCUUCACUUUACUCUCAUAAGCUGCUCUCACAGGAGAGAUACGCGUGCAACAACCACUUCGCAGUUCUAUGUAUAGAAGCAACAUCGCAUCUAAAUAUGCGAAAAAAAAGAAAUACGCUAAGAUAUAACAUAACAUCAGAUCUAGACGAAGAAGACUACCUUUACAACUCGGAAGAGUACCAACAACUACUAAACGAUAUAUUUGCUCAACCUUUUAGGGAAAAUUAAUACUUGAACACACAUAUUCUUAAGUUAAAUUAAAUUAUUAUUCAGUAUCACAAAAAUGCCGCCACACUUUUGUGUUAAAAUUUGUGAUCGGGUUUAACCAAGACCGCGGUGGCGGGAAAAUUUACGACCAACGCAAGCAUGAGCUUUGUGACUGGUUGAAACAAGGGCUCCAAUUUGCAUGCCAGCUUGAAUGAAAGCUGGAGCUAGAUUUGCUUUACUUUUCCUAAACUGGGCAAUACUGAGGAACUAUUUAU